GGGUAGGCCUGAGCCCUGCCUAUAGCCUGGGGUCUCUGACCCUGCCCACCUCCUCGCCGCACCAGAGCCCCCGGGCCCGCCGCAAGAUGUCUGGGGAACUACAGCUGCCGGGGCCCAUGCGGGAGCGCAAGCAGAGCAUCUCGGAGCUCAGCGGCAAUGAGGGCGACCUCCUGCAAUACCACCUGUGGCAGCGCCAGGAGCGGCUGCGCGAGCAGGAGAUGGAGCGGCUGGAGCGCCAGCGGCUGGAGACCAUCUUGAGCCUGUGCGCGGAGUACACCCGCAGCGAUGGCUCUUUGGGCGUGGAGCAGCAGUCCUUCCCCAGUGCUGCUGGCGGGGGCAGAGAGGCCGGCAGGAGGCCCUCCAAGGGCUCCACGGGCCGUGGGUGUGCCGCAGAGCAGCCCCCGGAGCCCCCGCGCUUGGAGGAGGACCGCCUGCAGGAGGAGAGCAGCAGCACUGAGAGCGCUGGCCAGGAGCACGAGGAGCCUCUGACCCUCCCCACCGGGCAGGAGGCCACGCUUCUGGAGGAGGCGCGUACCCGGCUCCUCGCCAACAUCGACGGGCUGAAGAGUCGUGCCCAGGAGCUGGAGCAGCAGCUACAAGAGACUGCUCGGGAGGUGGAGAUGGAACGGGCCCUCCUGCAGGGGGAGCGCGAGGCGGAGCGGAUCCAGCUGCAGCAAGAGCAGAAGAUAAUGCAGCAGCUGCGGGAACGGUUGUCCGCUCUAGACAGCUCCAUCCUUCGAGACCGAGACAAGGAGAGGGCAAAGGUUGAUGCUGAAAGGAAGGAGCUUGAGAGACUGCGGGCGCUUUGCUCUGAGCUCCAGCGCCAGCUUCACAGCUGCCCCGAAUCCAUGCGGGAGCAGUUGCAGGACCAGCUGCGCAGGGAGGCUGAGGCGCUGGAGACGGAGGCCAAGGGGUUUGAGGACCUGGAGUUCCAGCAGCUGGAGAAGGAGAGCCGCCUGGAGGAGGAGCGGGAGGUCUUGGGCCAGCAGCUGCUCCACAGCCAAGCAGAGAGCUGCCGGAGCGUGGCCCGGAGGAAGGAGCGCAUGGCGGCGCUGGAGAGCCAGGCCAAUCAGAUCCAGCUGCAGGCUGCUCAGGAGGCGGAGCGGCUGGGCAAGGAGAAGGCGACCACGCUGCAGCUGCUGCAGAAGGAGAAGGACACCCUUCUUGCGCUGGAAAGACGGUACCGGGAAAUCACUGGUGGCUCUGGCUUCCCGAAGGCCUCUACUGCCCUCCGAGAGGUCUAUCGCUCCAAGCUGGACAGCAACUCGAGUGGCGCAGCGUGGCCAAAAAGUGGCACCUCGUCCCCACAGAGUCGUCAUGUGCUGCCCCAGGAUGGGACCGGCGCCCUGCCUCGGAACCUGGCCAGCACCCUUCAGGAUAUCGAAAACAAGCGCCAACUGGCUCUGCAGCAGAAGGGGCAGCAGGUGAUCGCGGAGCAGCGGAGGCGCCUGGCAGACCUGAAGCAGAAAGCAGCCGCCGAGGCCCAGUCUCAGUGGGAAGCCCUUCAUGGGCAGCCCCACUUCCCCCCUCCGUACUCCCCCCUCAUGCCCCACUCCAUCCUCCAUCAUCACCCCUCCGGGGGCCUGGGCCUGCGUGGGGAUGACCCAGAGCCCGCCUAUGACACCCUCAGCUUGGAGAGCUCAGACAGCCUGGACACCAACCUCUCCACGAGCGGCGCCUCGGCCUGCUCCCCUGACAACAUUUCCAGUGCCAGCGGAGCCGAUGUGGGGAAGAUUGAGGAGAUGGAGAGCAUGCUGAAGGAGGCCCACGCAGAAAAGUCUCGCCUGAUAGAAUCACGGGAGCAGGAGAUGGAGUUUCGGCACCAGGCACUGGAGGAAGAACGGCGGCGGCGGGUGCAGCUGGAGCGGCAGCUGCAGGAUGAGGCCAUGCGGCGGCAGAGGAUCAUUGAGAAGGAGGUCAAGAUGCGGGAGAAGCAGUUUGCCCAGGCACGGCCUCUGACCCGCUACUUGCCCAUCCGCAAAGAGGACUUUGACCUGCGUGCGCACGUGGAGUCCUCGGGCCACAGCGUGGACACCUGCGGCCACAUCGUCCUCUCGGAGAAGAUGUGCAAAGGCUACCUCAUCAAGAUGGGGGGCAAGAUCAAGUCCUGGAGAAAGCGCUGGUUUGUGUUUGAUCGCCUGCGGCGCACGCUCGCCUACUACGUGGACAAGCAUGAGACGAAGCUCAAAGGCCUGGUCUACUUCCAGGCCAUCGAGGAGGUUUACUACGAUCACCUCCGCAGCGCAGCUAAGAGUCCUAACCCAGCCCUCACCUUCUGCGUCAAGACCCACGACCGCCUCUACUACAUGGUGGCCCCUUCGGCGGAGGCCAUGCGCAUCUGGAUGGACGUCAUCGUGACCGGGGCCGAGGGAUACACCCAGUUCCUGAGCUGAGGGGGCGACGCCAGCCAGCCCCAGAGAG